GGUGUUUAGUUGUCACGGCUUGCGUUAGAGUUGCUAGCGGUCGUUUUGUUGCUUUUCUUCAUUCGGGAUCUCGUCUCAUUCCCGUUGGGGUUGGGUUAGUUUGUGCGUUAUCCGAAAGCCCUUGUGACGUUGAUAAGAUUCGGCCAUGGAAGAGAUCCGUUUCAAAUUCAGGACGAACGAGAAGGUCCUCUGCUUCCACGGGGCCGUCGUUUGCGAGGCGAUUUGCGUCGAGUCCAAGUACGACGAGCAGAGGGAGGAAAUCCUGUGCAGGGUCUCGUACAAAGGGCCCGGACGCCACUGGGAAAAGUGGAUGGCUGAGAGUAGGCUUAUGAGGAGGAACUUGACCAAUUUGGACAAGCACAAACGGCUGAGGAUCACAGCUUUCAAGCCGCAGAAUCCGGGACCGUCCAUCGCAGCCGAGGAAAAGGAUGCCGACGAAGUGUCAGAGGAAGACGAAGAAGAGCGAGGAGCUUUGGUGGAAGAAUAUGCGGUGCUGCCACCAGCACCUUCGCCACCACCUGAUGAAGAUAAAGUAGAUGAUUCUGAUGAUCGUUUUCUCUCAGCUGAUUCUGAUUCAGAUUCGGAGGAUGAUGAUGAGGUUUUAAACACGAUUAAUAUCGAGUUGCCAGCAAACCUGAUUGGCUGCCUCGCUGAAGAUUGGAGGGUUAUUAAUAAAGAGAAGAUGCUCGUGAAACUACCUCCACCGAUAACGGUGCAUCAAAUCUUACAAGACUUCCUCCAGAUUACCGAGGCAAAAGAGCAAGGCGAACCAGAAGAUAUAACGUUAAGCAGGCGGCAGAUGGCAGUUGGUGUUAAAAAAUAUUUUGACAUAAUGGUCGGACCGCAGUUAAUGUAUCGGAGUGAGGAAGCUCAAUAUAACGCUAUUGAAAGGGAGCAUGGAGAAGAUGCUGAAAUGUCCAAAAUUUAUGGUGCCGUGCAUUUCCUUAGACUGUUCGUCAGACUAGGUUGGGCCAUAGGUUUCAGCAAAUUUGACGAAACAACGGAAGAGCACUUUAUGCUAUUACUCCAUGAAUUAUUGUCCUUCAUCGACAACAAAGUCGAUGAGUAUUUCAUCGAAGAUAAUUAUUUUACCCCAUAAGGUCAGAUUAUUUAAAUAUCUCUCCUUAUGUGUGUGUUGUAUUUUGUUGUCUUUUUAAAUGUAAUUUCACUUUACCAAUAUUUUUCUGUUAAUAUGAUUAUCUAAUAAUCCCAUUAUGCAAAAGCAUAAAUUAUAUUAUUCCCUGAUACAAUACAUAUUUAUAUGUACAUACAAGACAAUUUAUGCUAUAUGUACUUUUCAUUCGCUUAAUUUUUUUGUGUUCUAAUCGUGUAAUGUUUUUGUAUUGGAAACUAAAGCUUUAUGUAAUUUAUGUUUGUUAAAGAAAAGAAAAAAUCAGUGAUCUUGUUACGAUUUCACAUUUUAUUCUAUUCCUUAGUUUAGCUUGCUAUGUUUCAUUCUUUUUAUAUUCUUUAUGAAAAAUAUAUAUUUUUUCUUUAAA